AUGUUGAUUCCUCCGUAUUGCGAUGAGGCUGAGAAUGGCUAUUGGUACCCAAUCUCGCAGCCAUGGCACCUACAACACGACAACCAUUUUUCCUCUAGCUGGAUAUAUAAACAGCUUUUUGAUCCCUCUAAGAAGGAGAUAUUCUGUGAUCGUAUGCUCCACAUCAAAACACACCCUGAUGCUGCUCCUAUUCGUACUGACAGCCUUCACUGGAGGCCACAGCCUAUACCAGGCAUGGUUAAACUCCUCUUAGGCAUUCCGUUUGUCUAUGACAUUGAUGGUAAUCCUGACCAGAGGGUGACUAUGGCUGCAGGUCAUACGCUGGAAUCUAUCAAAGAGAUGUACUCUGAGAUUUAUCCAGAGGUUAACGCUUUGGCUCAGAAGCUGGGACAGCUUACCUAUGGUGGAAACAUCAAUAAUGUCACGUUUGGACCCAUCUUUCAACUUGAUCUAAAGGAAAACCUGCGAUCUGCCAAUAGAGGACCACGGAAGACAACCGAUGGCUCCUUUACCCUUGCUGUCACUAGUGAGCAGGGAAACGGAAUUGGCAUCACAAAGCCAGGGAUUCAAUGUUCUACAUUUGAAGGACGUCGUCAGAUACAGGCUGUUCUCCGUGUGCUCCAUCGUCUCUAUCACCUGCUGAUGCCAUGCUCGGUAUCUAAAUUAGAAUGGGAGAUUAUGGAGGCACAUUAUGAGCUUAUGAAUGUCAUCUCAUUUGGAGGUCUUGACCCUAAUGGGACUGGAUGUCAGCUAAAUUCAUCAUCGGGAGAAAUUGAUCUUCACCUUUUAAUUGGCACAAUUCAAGGUUCAUGGCAUACUGAUAUUGGUGAUGAUUGGACAAAAUGGACGUUCUUGGUGAUUGUAUUCAAUCUCCCACCAGGAUCCGAUCCAGGACCAUUUUUCCUUGGUCGUCUGGGCAUCUAUAUCCGUGAGAACACCUGGAUCGUGUUUUUGAUCUUUCGGGGCAAUGAUAUUCAUUGUGGCGCACAUCCUCAUGAAGGACCACUUUCUGACGAGUUGAUUGGAGGAGUGACGAAGUGUUGGACCUAUACCAGUCGCACAAAUAGGUGUGCGUAUGUCAACUAUCCCAACAAUGUUGCCACUCAGUGGACCGGAACUAUGGCAAUGAACCAUCCCACUGGCUGGGGAAACUCUUCCGUUCAUGACAAGCAGGAGAUGAACCGGAAAACAUUUUCGGAUGAAGAUUCUAUUAUGCUUGGCAAUAUGUCUGAAACAAAGAAUCGCCUAGCUCGAGAGGCCAUUAUGGAUUUUCAUGACAAGCUUGCGCAAGUAGGUAUUAAUCUUGACACAACCAAGGUGCUCCAAAUGAUGACAUUUACCAAUGAUGAUGGGCAAACAGAGCAUUGGUGGAGCUGGUAUGAAUGGUAUCGAAAUCUCUGUAGCAAGACAUUUAUCCACAUCACCAAAAAUCAACUUCACCAGACACAGAGGCAGCUAGAUUUUCGCAAAUCCUCUCGCCUUCCAGCUUUUGUAGCAGUGGAGCGCCAUGCUGUUAUGCAGAGAUCAGAUGAUAUAUCAGAUUUACAUACACGCUAUUGGAGGGUUCAAGCUGUAGUUGACCGAAGUUUUGAAGAUGGCAAGGUUGUUUGGUUUGUUGAAAUCAGUGGUAGCGAUGAGAUUCAGAAAAUCUCAAAUACCACCGCAUGUCUGAAGACACCCAAUAAUAGAGUCUUAUUCCAGCAGUUCAUUGCAAAUGAUAUUCUUAUCAACAAAACGCCUACGUCACUCGAGGCUCAUAUACCUCCUCAACUGGAAAUAGACGCUACAGUGACACUAUUAUUCUUUCACAAUAAUGAUGAUUGUGAUUCUGAACAAGUUCCAGUACAACAGCAUGCGACGUCUGCAGGUGAAAACUUUCAGAACGAUAUAUGGGAGAUUGAAAACAUUUUGGAUAUGGAUUUCACAAUGGAUACUUUACAGUAUCUCAUCAAAUGGCGAGGAGACAUUCCUAAUAGCUGGGUGACACACAGAGAUAUAGAAGAGUAUGCGCCAUCUGCUCUUGCAGAAUAUCGUUCCCAAAUUGGUGAGACAAAUUAUUUGGCUACUCUCUUCGACCUUGAUGACGAUAUUAUUGGUUCCUCAUCAGAGCAUCCUCCCAAGCGUUAUCGUGUCGAUAAGACCAUUCAACUUCAGGAUACAACAGCUUGGGCAUCACUUCUUCAUCUAGAUGCUUGUGUAGCUGAGCUUCAUGCCCUUGUUGAGAAACAUGAGAGCCUCGGUGCAAACAAAUAUCGCUUUCAUACUCCAGCCUUCUCUGCUCUAGUUGAGCAGCUCAUUGAAUGGAACAAUGCCCAGAAUCAAUACUCCUCAUACAUGUCAUUUGCUGGAAAUACUAGCAACUGGUCAAAUAUCAGUGCUCUGAUGAUCCUUCAGCAUGUUAUGAACACUGCUGAAAUCCUCUCAUCACUUAAUAUAGAGGAGUAUAAGAUUGACCUCUUUCAACGCGCUCUCUCAUCUGAACUUUCCCGAUCAUAUAUCAUUCUAUAUGACUGGUUUAUCCAUAUGGGCCCAGCCUUAGCCUGGGCACUGGUUCGCUAUAAUGAUAUGAUGAGCACAGAGCAGAUGAAGAGCACAUAUCCUAUUCUGGGUCCCCUUGUCAAGCAUGUCACCAACUACGUUAGAGCAGACAUCCAGAAACUUUGUGCAAGUGGGUCAUCAUGGCAGGGUGAUGCUUUGGGUGAUGUUGCUCUCAUCAAAGAUGAUCUUUUUGGUCUCUGCAAAGGAAAAGGAGAGACCGUCACACUUCCUGACAUUCAUUGGGGGUACCAUAACCCAUGA